GAAUUCAAAAAAUUGUAUACAGAGAUCAUAGGAUAAUUAAAUAUGUUGAUAGGAAGAGAAGUGAGAAUAAAGGCAGUGUCCGAGAAACAGAUAAUGUACACCCGAACUGGCAGCUUAAAGAUGCCGGCUAAGAGAGCAUCACCGGAAUCGGCUCAUCCUUUUCGAUAUUAUCUCAAGCGCUUCAGCGGAAGCAUGGCGGACGCUUUGCGGAUCAUUUCUCCCGUGAAAUGCCGCAAACUGGACUCAUCAUCGUCAUUUUCAUCAUCAUCAUCUUCUUCAUCAUUUUCAUCGAAGUACAGCAGCCGAUCAUCAAGGCAGCAGCUGAUGGUGGCUGGAAGUACUAAUUGUCCAUGUACAUUUGCAGCUACACGCCGGGAUUCAAUCGGAACAGACCAUCACAGAGCUGAAGCCAUAGAUGAUUGUAUCAAAUUCAUCAAAUCCACCUUGUCCAGAUCAAAGUCACUCUCUCCUUAAGUUUAAUGAUUGAAUAUGCUGAUAUGCUGAUAUAUAGCUUAGAACAGAUUUUUUGAAAGUAAGUGUUUUUUUUCCAUCAGAUCAACUGAUCAAGUGGUGUGGAAAGUAAUCUUGUUUUCAGUCAAUAGGUAGAUAUCAGUUUUUAACCAAUCGAAUGAUAGUGUGUACUCUGAAUGAGAUAAGCUUUGCCUGAUCUUAAUUACUACGUAUAUGAUGACUUUAUGAAU